AUGGACGUUAGCCAAUAUCUAUUACGGAUCGGGUACAAGGGUCCCGCCCAGCCUUCUCUGGAGACCUUGCGCCGUCUCCACCAUUGCCAUCUCCUCUCCGUGCCCUUUGGGAGCCUGAGCAUCCACUGUGGGGAGCCAAUCUCCUUGACGUUGCCCCUUCUCUACGACAAGAUUGUCCGGUGCCACCGGGACGGUUUCUGUUACGAGCUGAACGGGCUUUUCUUGUGGCUGCUGCAGACGCUGGGAUUUGACACCAAAGCAGUGUCCGGUCGCGUUCGGAACCGUUUCACGGGACACUACGGCCCCCCUCUGGACCAUAUGGUGAUUUUGGUCCAGUUGGAUGGACGCUCGUUCCUCUGUGAUGUCGGUUUUGGGGAAGCCUUUCUAGAGCCACUGGAGUUGAAGCCGGACUCGGAACAAGUCCAAGAUGGGGGCAUCUUCUGGCUCGGCAACAAGGGGGGAGUUUGGGUCUUGGAGCGCCGGGAAGUUCCUGGCAAGGACGGGAGACCUUUGUAUCAAUUCACCCUUGAGGAGAAGAAGUUGGAGGAUUUUGCUGACAUGUGCCUUUAUCACCAGACUUCGCCCAGUUCUAUCUUCCCCUGCAAAUCCUUCUGUUCCUUGCAUCAGGAAGACGGUGGGCGCCUUACCUAUAUGGGAUGGCGUCUCAUCUCCACAAUGGGGGAGAAACGUACGGAGACCCCACUGCAAAGCUCUGAGAUCCCAGCCGUCCUACGUGAGAAAUUUGGGAUUCAGUUGGAGAGGGACUUCGAGCCAAAGGACGAAAAGAUCAUGCCACCUCCUGAAGAAGGAUGAGAAGGUAGAAGGGAAACGGGUCUCCGAUUUGGACAGCAGGCUAGAAACUGGAUUAUACAUCAUCUCUUUGCACACAGGUUUCAGUCUCUGUCAGAACUGAUGUCAUAUCACAGGAUGUUCCAGAACAUUCUAACUUCAGAAAGGGGAGGGGCAGUCAAUUCUGAUGUUCCAGGCAUAGAAAAAAAAA